AUGGGCCUGCUGGCGUGUAGAGACUGUGGACUCUGGGGAAGAGCAAAGCAUUCGAACCUGGCUCUCCGAUCUUCCUCGGAAUCGACGACGUGGAUCUCCAGCCUUAUCAUUCACAGUUGCCUCUCUAUCCUGCGUGCGUAUGCGCCCGCACACCCACAUGCACAAAGGAUCGAAAAGAGAUCAUCCAAAGGUUUAUUUCUCGAAGUUUACUUUUGCACACGAGCGUGUUUGAGUCGAGAACCGGAAGAGGAAGGGAGGAAGGAGAGCCGGUGCAAGGGGGUGUUCCCGGGAGGGAGCCCUCUCCCAACCGACGCCCGCCGGUUGGACUCCCCCGAGCCGAGUCGAGUGCGAGUCCCGGAGUUCAAGCCGUGGCCGGGGAAGGAGAGAGAGCGAGCGGCGGAGGCCGGUGGUGCCCGGGACGGGGCUCCGGCAUCCCAGCCACCACCCCUCCCAUCAGCCUCUCGUUCCACCGUUACCGCCGCCUCAAGGAUCGGUCGGCCACUUGGGGACCCUGUCCCGGCAGGAGAUGCAGAGCCGUGGACCCCGAUACUCUGCCCUGCCUGGGUAGGGGAGCCGCCGCGGUCGCUGAGCAGAAACCGGGCCUGCUCCCCCGAGGAACCCUCCCGGCUGAGGCACCCCGAGACCUCCGCCGUGGCCGCUGACCGAUUCCCCGAGUAUCCUCAGGUCACCCUGGCGCGGAGGAGGCCGUGGGCCUUGGGGAGCUCCCACCGCCGCUCGGUGCUGGAGCAGCCGGGCCGGCAUCGAGGAGCUCCCCAGGACGGGAGGCCGUAAUUUUAGCGGCACCAGAGCUGGCCGCUGACCUCGAUGGGGACCGGUAAACAGUUGGGGUCUUUUUAUCCCGUCCCUGGGACUCAACCCCUAUUCAACUCUUCCUCCACCCCUGCCGUUUGGUCCGGUGGAGAAGGAGGACAUUGGACAAGAACUCUCUGAACGAGCCCACGGCCUUUUCCUGCGGUAAGGUGACUCACAGCGACAGCUUUGGCAUCUCAGGUGGAUCCAGAGGCUGCCGACUGGUGGGAAUCCCACCUGCAUCCCAUCCGCUUCGAGUGGGGACCGGCAGGGACGAAGGCUCAUCCGAACAGGUGAAAGGACCGGCCCGCCCGCGCCGUCCAGGCAGGGAUGGGCUCCCCGCCCCUGGGCUGCUCUCGGCCGUGUUGGCCUCCCUCUCAAGGCGGUGGCUUUCACAACAGCUGGGCUCGGUUCGGGUGUAUUUUAAACCACAUUAAAAAGACUCUCUUGCCUUAA